UUAUAGAGUUGAUUUUUUCUCAUGUUUGGUAGAGCAUAAGCAGCAAUUAAGCAGACCUAGGUAUAGGAAAUGGCUGAGAAUGAAAUUCAUGUAGUGAUGCUUCCAUGGUCUGCCUUUGGCCACUUAAUACCAUUUUUCAAACUUUCCAUAGCCUUAGCCAAAGCUGGUGUUCAUGUCUCCUUCAUAUCCACUCCCAAAAACAUUCAAAGGCUUCCCAAAAUUCCUUCAAAUUUAGCUCAUUUGGUUCAUUUUGUGCAACUUCCUUUGCCAUCAUUAGACAAAGAGCACUUGCCAGAAGGUGCUGAGGCCACUGUAGACAUUCCAUCUGAAGAAAUUGAGUUCUUAAAGUUGGCAUAUGAUAAAUUGCAACAUCCUGUGAAGCAAUUUGUGGCCAAUCAGUUGCCAAAUUGGAUAAUUUGUGAUUUUAGUCCUCACUGGAUUGUAGACAUUGCUCAAGAGUUUCAGGUUAAGUUAAUCUUCUAUUCUGUUUUCUCGGCUGCUUCAAUGAAUAUUUUCGCACCAAGUACGAGGAAAUUUCCUGUAACUCCUGAAAGUCUAACAGUGCCACCAGAAUGGGUGACAUUUCCAUCUUCAGUGGCUUAUCGAAUACACGAGGCAAUACCUUUUUGUGCUGGUGCUAACGACGUAAAUGCUUCUGGGGUGCGUGACUAUGAAAGGAUGGCCACGGUAUGUUGUGCCUCUAAAGCUGUAAUAUUUCGUAGCUGCUACGAGAUUGAAGGAGAAUAUCUUAAUGCAUUCCAGAAACUAGUUGGGAAGCCUGUGAUUCCCAUAGGUAUAUUGCCUGCAGAUAGUGCAGACAGAGAGAGAGAAAUUAUUGAUGGGAGUACUAGUGGUAAGAUAUUUGAGUGGCUUGAUGAGCAAGCAUCAAAAUCUGUUGUAUUUGUGGGGUUUGGCAGUGAGUUGAAGCUGAACAAGGACCAAGUUUUUGAGAUAGCUUAUGGAAUUGAGGAGUCUCAAUUGCCAUUUUUAUGGGGACUGAGAAAACCAAGUUGGGCAACCAAUGAUGAAGAUUUUCUACCAGUUGGUUUUAUUGAAAGGACAUCUAACAGAGGAGUUGUUUGUAUGGGGUGGAUACCACAACAGGAAAUAUUGGCACAUCCAUCUAUUGGGGGUUCUUUGUUUCACUCUGGUUGGGGUUCUGUCAUUGAAACCCUGCAGUUUGGUCAUAACCUUGUUGUAUUACCCUUCAUUAUAGAUCAACCUCUUAAUGCAAGGUUUUUGGUUGAAAAGGGUCUAGCCAUUGAAGUGAAAAUGACUGAAGAUGGAUCAUUCACUAGAAACGAAAUUGCCAAAUCUCUUAGACAAGCUAUGGUUUUGGAGGAAGGUAAGAAGCUCAGAAUUAAUACAGGAGAAGCUGCUGCAAUUGUGGGAAACUUGAAGCUGCACCAGGAUCAUUACAUAGCUGCGUUUGUUCAGUUUCUUAAGAAUGGAAGCUAGAAAGUGGAAAUAGAUGUGAAGUUGAUGAUUGUCACUUGGUUUUAUGUACUGUUUCUUGUGUUUUUGGGUUUAAAUAAAGUCCUAUUAUUUAGGGACGUGCAGACAGUGUUUAGGGUUUUUCUAAUCAAUAAGCCAUCACCACGUUGUAGGCUACAAAGUCAACACUUGUUUUUGAAUUCAAUAAGACAUCUCUCUGAAAAAUUCGUAUGCUAGGUGGGGUACUGUUCUGUUUUAACAAUUUGAACAAUCAUUUAUUAAAAUGUACAGUAUUAUGGAAUUGGC